AAGCCAGCAGCCUCUGUUCGAGUUGAGUGGUGCAUUUCUCUUCUACACAUUCUACCAAGUAGUGACGGAUUUCUGCUGACGAAGGCUAUUUUUUUUCGUGCACAAGUUGUUCUGUUUUGGCUGUUUUCCACUAAUUGAUAACAGUUAUCGGCGUUUAACGUAGGACAUAAGCUCCAGGAAGAACGGCCGCGUAGAAAGGAAGCGGUUUGUAUUGCCUUUGUGCAGGGAGCUGCCAGUGAAAGGCCGACUUUUUGCGAUUCAGAUCCGUACGAGGAGCGCAGCAUAAAACUGCAGCAAGAUGAUGGACGGUACGAUCGAGGAAAAUGGAAACGGAACUCCGCUGGCCGGAAGUCCACUGGACGGGCCGGACGGGAUGGUAUCGACGCAGAAUAAUGGUCCCACUGAACAAACAAUGCAACAGUCCCAGCAGCAGCAACAGCAGGGCAAUAAUAAUAAACCAGAUGCCACGGCACUCCCACCAAACUCGCUGAUGGUGGACAUUUCGGACGCGUUGAGCGAGAAGGAGCGUGUCAAAUUUACCGUCCAUACGCGAACCAAUUUGCCCGGUUUCGCCAAGUCGGAUUUUCUGGUGGUCCGGCAGCACGAGGAGUUUGUGUGGUUACACGAUCGGUUCGAGGAAAAUGAAGAAUACGCCGGUUACAUCAUUCCACCGUGUCCCCCGAGGCCGGAUUUUGACGCCUCGAGGGAGAAGCUGCAGCGACUGGGGGAAGGCGAGGGAAACAUGACCAAGGAGGAGUUCAAGAAGAUGAAACAGGAAUUGGAAGCGGAAUAUUUGGCCACCUUCAAGAAGACGGUAGCGAUGCAUGAGGUGUUCCUGACACGGUUGGCUUCUCAUCCGGUGUUCCGGAACGAUGCCCAUCUGAAGGUGUUCCUCGAGUUUGACCAAGACCUGUGCGCGAAGCUGAAGAAGAAGAUUGACGUUUUCGGAGGGCUGAUGCGCAGCAUAGGGAAAACGACGGACGAGAUCUACCUGGGAGCGACGGUGAAGGAUGUGAAUGAUUUCUUCGAACACGAGCUGCAAUUUUUGGGCGAAUAUCAUGCACACCUGAAGGAAGCGGCCACCAGGACGGAGAAGAUGACCCACAAGCACAAGGAGGUGGCCGACUCGCAUAUCAGAAUCUCAACGGCGCUGAUGUCGCUCUCGACGGCGGACCACGGGGCCAUGGAGCGGUUUCUCGCCAAGUCGGCCGACAUCUUCGAGAAGAUUAGGAACAUGGAGGGUCGCGUGGCAAGCGAUCAGGAUCUGAAACUGGGAGAUACGCUGCGGUACUACCAGCGCGAUAGCAACGCAGCCAAGGCCUUGCUGAUUCGACGACUCCGUUGUCUGGCCGCGUACGAAGCCGCCAACAGGAAUCUCGAGAAGGCCCGCGCCAAGAACAAGGACGUCCAUGCGGCUGAGACGGCGCAGACACAAGCCUGCGAGAAGUUCGAGUCGAUGUCCGCUCGUGGAAAGGAGGAGCUGGUCAGUUUCCGGCUGCGCCGAGUUGCUGCAUUUAAGAAGAGCCUUAUCGAACUGGCCGAGCUGGAGAUGAAACAUGCCAAAACGCAGUACGAAUUCCUUCGCCAGUCGUUGCUUGCCCUGCAGGAGAUUGCCUAGACGACGACGACGACGACGAUCUUGAGGACGGACUGAAGAGUUUUGGGUACCAAGAUAAACCAUAUUACAGUAGCAUGUGCGAACGCGGCAGGCCCUAAAAGUGUGAGUACACGGUAUGGCUUGGUAUGGUGUGCGUGUAUAAGUGAUUGCGACCGCGAGUGCGAGUGUAUGUGUAUGAACGAGCGAACGAAACAAAGAACGUCGCUGCCCUUCUCGAUGACGACUGUCUGUGGAACAAUAUAGCUACCAUAUACCUAUACAUAUGGACAUAUACAAACAAACCAACACACACACACCCACACAUAUGCUCUGGUCUCGUAAAUAUCUUAUCAAAACAAAAAAACGUGAAAAAUGACCAUCGUCCGGUUGGUCUUUAGGCUGACACAACAACACAACAAAAACAAUACGACGAGCUAUAUUGAAGGAAGCGGAAACAAUAACGAAUGUAUUUUUCGUGCGUAGUGCCGACGGAUGAUUAGACUAAAUAGGACAACAAUCAGUGGCUUUUUCCUUUAUUGCAAAAAAAAAAACAAAUAUCAACAAUUGUGAGAUAAACGAAUUCCAUUUAUACUUUUGCUAUUACGAAAUUAAAUUAAAGAGAAAAGAAAAUUCAUUUAUGCUUUUCACACAAACACGGUACAUAUUGUAUUUAACCAAGCAUUUUGGUUGCUCCCGUUAACUAUUUGAUAGACGAUGAAGUAUUUUUCGAUUCGAAUUGCAUUGAUUUUCUGUUUUGAUACGAGAUGAAAGGAAUAUUUUACUAAAAUCCAAUUUACUGUCAAUCCUAAGUUGUUGAUCGAAAAUAGUAAACAUUCAAACGACAACAACAACAACAAGACUAUGAGGAACAAAAUAAUCAAAGGUACGAUGCAGACAGGUGGGAGAUGUAUAAAAUCGAAUCAUUACGGACACAUACACAGAAAGUGAAGAAAAAAGAAACAUUCAUUCAUUUUUAUCAUUAUUAAUAUUAUUGCUAUUAUUAUUAUUAAAAUAUUAUCAUUAUUAUAUUUCGAUUCAAUGGGAAAUAAUAAUAUAUUCUGUAUAUGAUCGUGAGAAAAU